AUGGUUGUUGACUCCAGGGUGCAGAUGACUAAGUUCUUGUAUGGGGUAUCAGAUUUGGUGAAAACUGAGUGCAGAAAUGUAUUGUUAUCUGGAGAUAUGAACAUCUCUAGACUUCUGACUCAUGCUAAGCAGGUUGAGGUUGAUAAACUUAGGGAACAGUCUAAGGAAAAUAAGAAGGCUAGGACUGGGUACUAUGACUAUUCUCAGCAGUACGAUCAGAAGGGUAAAUCACUAGGCUCGAAAACUCAGAGAUGUGUUUCAGGCACCAAGACUUACCCCACUUUCCCUAUGUGUGAUAAGAACUAUCUAGUCAAGUGUCAUGCAGGAAAAGAGGAAUGUUUUGGGUGCGGUCAGUUUGGUCACAAGUUUAGGGAUUGUCCUUCUAGACAAGGUCAAGGACGUGGAAAUGGUAGAGCUCAGUCUAUAACUUCAGUAGCACCAGCCAGUCGCCCAACUCAGCAGGGUAACUUAUCAAGUACAUGUGGCAGUCAGUGCCACUACAGGUUGUACGUUGUUCAGGCACGCCAAGAUCAGGAAAAUUCUCCUAAUGUUAACACUGCCUCUAUAGUGCCAUUGGAGAGUGUGGCAAUGAACGGUAGUCUUUCUUAUGAGGAUGUGCCACUUGAGACUCUUGACCUUCAUGUCAUAAGUUUGAGAAGCAAAGAAGUCGAUCUGGUCAAAGUUUUUUGGAGAAGUCAGUUCGCAGAGGGAGCUACUUUGGAAGCAGAAGCAGCCAUGAAAGCCAAGUAUUCGAACUUCUUUCCUUCCGAUUUCACUCCAUCUUGA